CUUCUGAUCACAGGCAGCUCAGCUUUGCCAGGAGCCUCAGCAGGCAGGCACAGCCAAAGCAGGAUGAAGCUUUCCACGGGCAUCAUUUUCUGCUUCCUGAUCCUGGGCGUCAGCAGCCAGGGAUGGGGUACAUUCCUCAAGGAAGCUGGUCAAGGGGCUAAAGACAUGUGGAGAGCCUACUCUGACAUGAAAGAAGCCGGGUACAAAGGUGCAGACAAGUACUUCCACGCCCGGGGCAACUAUGAUGCUGCCCAAAGGGGACCUGGGGGCGUCUGGGCUGCUGAAGUGAUCAGCGAUGCCAGGGAGAAUAUUCAGAGAGUCACAGACCUUUUUAAGCCUGGAGACAGUGGCCACGGACGGGAGGACUCGGAGGCCGACCAGUUUGCCAAUAGAUGGGGCCGGAGCGGCAAAGACCCCAAUUACUUCCGACCUCCUGGCCUGCCCGACAAGUACUGAGCUGCCUCUCACUCUGCUCAGGAGACAGGGCUCAAGCAAGUGGAGACAGUGCUGAGCUAGGUUGCUGUAUUCUGUAUCUGUAGUUCUUGAUAGUUGAUAAAGAGCA